AAGGCGGGCUAAGACAUCAGUCUCCUAGGCAACGCGUAUAAACAAGAUGGCGGACGGCGAGAACGCUCCCUCGAGAUGGACCGCGGGCUCUUUCCGGCGGGGCUUGGGCGCCUCUCGCAUUGCAGCCCACGCGAUACUGUCGCUCACGGAAAAAGAGCGUCAGUCGCGAUGGCCUACUUUUCCCGGGGCACCGCUAAAGAAAGGCAGUUUCAAAAGCGUCUCCUCCUUCAUCCUCCACCAGCUCAUCCACCACUCUCAGGAAGCAGAAAUGGACGUGGAUGCAGAAGAACAGCGCGAAGAAGGAUCCGAAGAGUCUGAGGAGUCCGAAAUGCAGAAUUUGGAGCAGGAGGAAUUUGAUGGGGUCCUCAGAGAGGAGAUGGUGACUGAUGCACUCAGUGAGUUGGGGCGCUCAGGCCCUGGAACGGAGCAGGUGUACCUCAGCCUAAGCUUAAAACGCAAUGAUUUAGUCAACAUCAACAUUCUGCAUAACUAUAUUCAUCUACAGAAGUUGGAUCUUUCAGGAAACAAAAUCGAAGAUUUGUCUUGUGUGAGCUUCAUGCCAUAUCUUCUAGAACUAAAUGCUUCUCAGAACAGGCUGACUACCUUCUUCGAUUUCAGCCCACCCAAAAACCUCAAGAAGGUGGAUUUUUCCUCCAACAAGAUUUUUGGAAUGAAUGACCUUUCAGCUUACCGCACUCUCACUCAACUAAUUUUGGACAACAACAUGAUAGACGAAAUCUGUGGGCUGGAGAGUUGCAUCAGCUUGACCCACCUUAGCCUGGCUGGCAACAGGAUCACAACAAUUAAUGGCCUAGGCACGUUAUCCAUCAGAGUGCUUUGUCUGAGCAAUAACCGGAUUACGACUAUCACAGGUCUGGAGGGGCUGAAAACCUUGCAGAACCUGGAUCUGUCCCACAAUCAGAUCAGUAGCCUCCAGGGCUUGGAGAACCAUGACCUCCUGGAAGUGAUCAACCUAGAGGAUAACAAGGACAACUUUGAAUACUGGUUCUUUGUAAUAUUUAUGCUGCUGCAACUGACAGAAUUAGAUCAGCAGAAGAUUAAAGUGGAAGAAAAGGUUUGUGCACUGAAUAAGUAUCAACCUCCUGCUGAAGUGGUGGCCAUCCAAGAUCACUUGACCCAUGUUGUCAACAGCAUGUCACAGCCGCAGAGAAUCUUUGACAGCACUCUGCCAAGUCUGGAUGCCCCUUAUCCUAUGCUGAUACUAACUGGUCCUCAAGCUUGUGGGAAACGAGAACUUGCCCACCGCCUCUGCAGACAGUUUAAUACUUACUUUAGAUAUGGGGCCUGCCACACCACGAGACUGCCUUAUUUUGGUGAAGGGGAUCGAGUUGAUUAUCACUUUAUCUCCCAAGAAGUUUUUGAUGAAAUGCUGAGCAUGGGAAAAUUUAUUUUAACAUUUAAUUAUGGUAAUCACAAUUAUGGAUUAAGUAGGGACACUGUAGAAGGUAUUGCAAGAGACGGAUUAGCAAGCUGCAUUCAUAUGGAAAUAGAAGGUGUAAGAAGUUUGAAAUAUUCCUAUUUUGAGCCUCGAUAUAUCUUGGUGGUACCUAUGGACAAGGAAAGAUAUGAGGGAUACUUGCGGAGAAAGGGAUUGUUUAGUCGUGCAGAGAUCGAGUAUGCUGUCUCCAGGGUGGACCUUUAUAUUAAAAUUAAUCGGAAAUUUCCGGGGUAUUUCGAUGCAGUGGUCAAUGCAGAUGACCUGGACAUUGCCUACCAAAAGCUAAGUGACCUCAUUCGAGAAUACCUGGGAUUGGCUGAGGCAGCUGCAAAGGAUUUGGUUCCAGCAGGAGCUCCCUCUAGCAAGAAGACCAUCUCUGGGGUCCCAGCACACCUGGUCCCCUCCCCUAGGCGCUUGGCAAGACUACAAGCAGAUGGCCAAAAAUCAGGGGCUUUCCUGGAAGUACAGACUGAAGCAAAGGCCCCAGAAAAUCAGAACCCUGCUCCCCCACAGAGCCAGGAGUUAACUGAGGAGGGAGAAGUCAAAGAGCCUUCUCCCAGCAUCCACCUGGACUUACCUCGGCAGGUCAGUUCUUCAACACUUGCUAUUCCUCAGCAGGCCCAAGACAUAUCACCAAAGGCGGAGGAAGAGUAUGGUCAGCCAGCCAGCCUUCCUCCAAAAAUAACCAUUGAGAUGGGUGGCCCUGAAGAGGAGCCUGGGCCACUUGUGCUAAAAGCAGAACAGUCUACUGUUGCAUCUCAGGAGCUGCCUCCGCAUCCUGAUCCUGUUCCCCCACCAGGCCCUCAGAUAGACCAGGAUAAGGAAUCCGGAGAGACUAAAGUAGCCCCUAGCAACCCACCCUUGACUGAACCUUCACAGGGACCCAACCUGGCUUCCCUCAGUCCUCAGAGAAAGCAGGAUGAGGGAACCGAGUCAGCCAAUGCUACACCCAGUAGCUCCACUCAGAGUCUUCCAGAAAAUCCUUCCCACCCCUCAGUAGAAAAGCCUGAUGGGGGCUCUCAACCACCUCUGAAGGAGGGAACCCCCAAAGCAGCAGCUGUCUGGGCCAGUACUCCUUACCCAGAAGUAUCCCCUUCCCAAGACUCAUCCAUAAACUCAAAUCAUACCCAAGUCAGGGAACAGCCAGUAGCCUUGCUUCCUAGAAGCCGGCUGGCUCCUACCAGGUUGCCCCAGCCCCAAACCCUGGCUCCUCUCCAGAGCAGGAGACCCACACCCAAGCUUCUCUCUCCCAGCAGGGAAGAGGUUUUGGGGACAAGCUCAGAUAAGACCCCGACCCCAUCUCCCAGGUCUCUCCCAACUCAGGAUGGAGACCCCAGGAAGCUUCCCUCCAUCAGCCCUCCCCAGUCUAAACUGCCCUCAAAUCCGAGCCCCCACACAGCCCAUAGCCCACAGCAAGCCCAGGCUGGGAAAGCCAGUGAGCUGAAGCUCCCACUUAUUAGCCCCCCGAUCCAGGAACAAGUCCUGCAGCAUACCCCCAACCAACACCAGGAAGAGGAGGCACCUACAGUCCAGCUCCCACAUAUUUCUGCUCAGUCCAAGGAACCUCAGCUUUCCCAGAACACUGGGCCAAGGCCUGCUUCAAAGUCUGCAAAGGAAAGGAAAACUUCCAAAGGAGGCCAUGUCUCCAGUAAGAAGAUUCCAAAUCUGCAGGCCUCAAUUCACAGCCAGGAGCCCACUAAGCAGAAGGAAGCUACUGAAAAAAGACUCACGCAAAGAAAGACAGCUAAAGGGUCACCAUACCUGAGAAAGAUACCAAUUGGAAAGUCUCAGACAGCCCAAGGAAAGUCUCUGACAGCCCAACAGCCAGAAUCCCACUGCAAGCCAACUCCUAGGAAUGUAUCUGACCCACUUGGCUCCAGUUCCCCUAUGAGCCACACUGAACCAGUGCCAGCAGACCCCCAGAACAAGGAGGAGAAAAAUCACAAAGAACACAAUCCCAGAAAGAAACCACAGGCCAAUCUCACCCUGAAGGAAGUGGCUCAGUCCUCAGGUGCACCCCAAAACGGAGAAGUGUCUGAAGGACUAGCUCAAGAAAGCGAAACUGCCCUUGGUAAGGAUCAGCAAACCCGAGAGGGUCUGGCCCCUGCCAAGUCAGCACAUGAGGUUUCUGCUCUGGAGGUGCCUCCUGUGGGAAGGGAACACACCCCAAUACAGGGAAGGUCUCAGAAGAGAGAAGUUGCGGGCCCCAGCCAGCUGCGGGCCAAAGAGACACAAGCCCAUAAGGACAUCAGGGAGAUCAGACAGGGCUAUGCCCAGAGACACAGCAUACUUGUAUCAAAGCAGCAAUCCAAAGAAAAACGAACUCAAAAAAAUGGGGUUGUGGCACCAGACAGAAGCCCUGCUACUCUCCAAAAUCGGGUGUCAGGAGCAGGGUAGCUGGACGGGAAAACUUCGAGCCAGGGGCAGCCAGAGCAUCAAAGUGUAGGCCUUAGCUCCUGAGAAGAUGUGCCCUCCCUCCAAGCUGUGCUGUCAUAGGACACGAAGGUGCGACCACUGGCUUCCUACUGCAGACACCAGUCAGCACCUCGCUUUGGGAGCCCAGAAGUCGUUGUAACUCUGUUUCCCUUGUGGCAGCAGCAGGGGUGACAGGGGACACAACUUGUUGGUUGCUGCCAGUGACUCAGCCUAGAAUGCUGGUGUCAUCAAGGGUCCCUUGUGUUCAGCUACAGUUUUCAAUAGGACUUCAUGGCCGAAGCAGGGCAGUUUGCCAUCUUCCUUAGGAAAAUUCACUUCCAGACUAGAAAAUUUCCUCAUGCUCCUUGCAUUGUUGGAGGGGCCUGGCAGCAGAAAGGAUUCUGCAAAAAAGAACCCCUGCUGUUUUUAAAGAUUCCCAGCCUUCAGUUAACUUAUGAGGAUAGAUCUCUACAAGCCAAGCCAAGCACAUGAGGCAGAUGUUAUGAAACUCCCUUUUGUCUGUAUAUUUCAAAAUGAGUACCCUCCUUCUGCCUUUGAGUAGGAAUCUGAUGGCCCAUGCCUUCGUUAUUCUAAACCAUCUGGUUGAACCAUUUAAAAGCAUUUGUGGGGAGAAAAUUCAGAGAAAUGGGCUUUCAUUUGUUUCUCUAUAUUCUGUUAUAUUCCUGUCAGUGACUAAGGUGCAGCCAGAGGCAGCCCAUGGAAACCUGUUAGAAGGAAGUAUGUGUACAUGUCACACAGCCAAACUAUGGGAAGGACAGGGGUGGAGCAGGCUCUCAGAGAGACCAGGUGCCAACUGCUGAACAUCGCCUGGGUUCUUGUCAUCUUCUGGACUAAGCAAAAGUCUGGGACUCCCAUUACUUCUCACCUCUGUUCUCAAUGUUGGCUCCAUUCUUUGAACUAUAAAUGGUUAUAUAUCAAUCAUUCUGUCUACAUAGCAGGGACAUGAACACAGACUACUCUCAAGUUACCUCUGAUGGCAUCUCUAAUCUCUGCUAUAAAGAGAUUAAUCUAAGUCAUCCUUAAUCCUGAGAUUAAAAAGAAAAUCCAAAGAAAGGCUGAUUACAAUCCCUUUGAUCAAUCGUUCAUUUAGAAUGAACAUGGCAUGGGUUGUUGCCACUAUGUGUAACCCGCGAGGUCCGCUGCUCUAUAUGAAGACUGUGCUUCUAGAAAGGAGGGUAAUUGCGGUCAGGACAAUCAGCCCAUGAUUCUACUCUUAAAAACAAGUUAGAAGAUAAUUAUUGAGUACUUACUGUAUGGACAGGAAUGUAUUGAAAUUAUGUUUGAUAUCCCAUAUUUCAAUAUGUAACCAAGGACUAGAGCCUGUGUCUUAAUUUAUAGAAAAUAUAUGUACAAAUGUUAUUUCAAGUGCAAUAGAAGACAUUGAUAUUUUUCAGAUCAGGGAUGUAAGGGAGCCUCUCAGCAAACAAGACUGUUCUCAUAACUAUGUAAUAUUAGUACUUAUCUUCUGAUUACCUGCCUUCUCUAAAAAAAUUAUAGGAUGUUUGUAAAGUAAUUUGUGUUUAUUAAGUGAAGUCAUCAUCAAGUAAGCUUUUAUUGAGCAUAUUCUAUGUGCCAGAUAUAGUAAUGUCACUGGGUAUGCAAUAAGAUAAUGCUGACGCUUCAAGCAAGGAACUCUGAUGAAGGGUCCAUUACUACACCAUGUAAUUAGGUUACCCCAAAGCAUGCUCAGCUGUAUUUGACAUCCUGCAGAUGAGAACACCUGGUCGUUUACUUUUCUAGACUGCAGUUAGGGCAUUCACUGAGUGCUGAGGAAGGGCACAGAGCUCAGCCGGCUGGACCUGUACCAGGAAACACUUCUAAGAGAAGUUCAUCCCUCAGCUGCGUCUUCAGGGCUGCAAAAUUGGCCAGUGGAUGGAUGAGAAAGGGGAUGCUUCCUGUCAUUAAAUACACACACCGGGGCAGCUGGUAUCUCCUCAGGACCCAGAAGCCAGGUGAACUACAGACCUAUCUAAUCUGCCGUGAGAAGAAGUUUGGGAAGCCCCAUCUUGUAACAGUGAGUGGAGGGCUGUGCUUAAAUUUGUACUUGAGGGAUAAAGUUAAGGAAGACAAUAAUAGAAACAGAAUGACUGGCACAUCAUGGCAGGAGUCAGGACAGGUCUGGGUAAGGUCCUGAAAGAUGGAUGGUACUAGAAUCAGGGAAGGUCAAAUCCAUGUGGUAUUUAGCUUGGCUGUGGAGAGGUUAGAUUAUGAAAUGCAGCAAGCAAAGAAUUGCCUGCCCCUCCUUCUCUUUCCCCCCUCUCUCACAGAGGAUCUCUUUAUGUAGUUCUGGCUGGACUAGGAAGAUGGCUUUGAACUCACAGAGCUAUACCUGUCUCUGCCUCUGUUGGGAUUGAAGGCAUGUGCCAUGAUGACCAGCACAUCUCUCAUUUCCUAUACAUGGAAUUUGGGGUGCCAGAGCCUCACAUUGGUAGCAGGCUUUCGAAUCAUGUUGGGUGUCCUCUUUGGCUGCUAUUUUGAAGGCCCUUGGAGCUACCUUUUUGUUCAAGUGGUACACACUAAGCAAGUUUCCCUGUGCUGUGGAGGAAGCCCUUGGAUUCGUAAUAAGGUUUUUUUAUUUUUUUAUUUUAAUUUUAUUAAUUACAGUUUAUUCACUUUAUAUCCCAGCUUCUGGUUAUACAAAUAAAUACAACUAAAGCUGCUACAAACAUGGUUGAGCAAAUGUCCUUGUAUACUUGAGCAUCUUUUGGAUAUAUGCCUAGGAGUGGCAUAGCUGGAUCUUGAGGUAGCACUAUUCCUAAUUGUCUGAGAAAAUAUCAGAUUGAUUUCCAAAGUGGUUGUACAAAUUUAUAUUCCCAGCAGCAGUGGAGUAGGGUUCCUCUUUCUCCACAUCCUCUCCAGCAAGUGUUGUCACUUGAGUUUUUGAUUGAUAUUAGCCAUUCUGAUGGGUGUAAGGUGAAAUCUCAGGAUCAUUUUGAUUUGCAUCUCCCUGAUGACUAAGGGUGUUGAGCAUUUCUCUUAAGUGUUUCUCCACCAUUCGAUUUUCCUCUGUUAAAAAUUCUCUGUUUAGCUCUGUGCCCCAUUUUUUAAAUUGGGCUACUUGAUUUGUUGCUGUUUAACUUCUUGAGUCCUUUAUAUAUUGUGGAUGUUAGCCCUCUGUCAGAUAUAAGGUUGGUGAAGAUCCUUUCUCAGUCCGUAGGCUGUCGUUUUGUUCUGAUAACAGUGUCCUUUGCUUUACAGAAACUUUUCAGUUUCAUGAGGUCCCAUUUAUUGAUUGUUGAUCUAAGAGCCCUGAUCUCAAGCUUUACUAUAGAGCAACAGUAAUAAAAACUGCAUGGUACUGGCAUAGAAACAGAAUGGUGGAUCAAUGGAAUUGAAUAGAAGACCCAGAAAUAAACCCACACACUUAUGGACACCUGAUUUUUUACAAAGAUGUCAAAAUCAUACAAUGGAAAAAAGACAGCAUCUUCAACAAAUGGUGCUGGUCUAACUGGAUGUCUACAUGUAGAAAAAUGCAAAUAGAUCCAUACUUAUCACCCUGCACAAAACUAAAAUCCAAGUGGUUCAAAGACCUCAAUAUAAAAACAGACACACUAAACCUGUUAGAAGAAAAAGUGGGGAAGAACCUUGAACUCAGGAGACAACUUCCUGAACAGAACACCAACAGCAUAAGAGAGGUUUUAAAAAUUUUUUUUGGCUUGUUUGUUUCUGUGGUUUGAAUUUUUAUACCUCAGACUCACUGCUUUUGCACUUUUGAAAGGAGUGGAAAAGACUGUUGUCUCUGGUGAGAGGAUUUUGCUCUUAAUAUUGAUUAUCUUGCCACAAAGAAAAAUUUCAGUUUUUCAAUGCAGAGUAUAAAUAUUUAAAUGAUAGUUUUCCAUCUACACCAACAGGCAAAGUUCAUAUUGCCUCCACCUGACAUUUGUCACAAGGCAGUCUUUAGAGAUACAAAGAAAAGUCAUGGUGGGCUCAUAAUACCAACUUCUUAAGGAAGUCUGGCAUUUAGUGUUCAAAUCAAUGAGAGUAUUUCCGCCAGGCAUGAGAACCCUCUUUACAUACAGAAAGAGCUGAGCCUCCAAAAGAGAGAGAAGGCAUGAUCAAGCAACUCACGAAAGAGGAAGUAAAAAUGUCCAAUAAAUAUGUCAGAAAUAAUUUAACCUUGUUAUAAGUUAAAACAGAACAGACUUUUUUUAAUACCAGCUUAGGCCAUAUCAAGCAGGUUAAGAAGUAUUUGGGGAAGUCUCUUUUGUCGGUGAAGAGGUAAACUGGCCUUUUCUGAAGAACUGAUUUCUGCCCUCCGUCAUGACAGAGUUACAGUUUAUAGACCUUUAAUUUGAUCAUUUAGAUCCAAGAAUUGUCAUGAGGAAAUGUACACGAGAAUGUUCAUAUCAAAUUUUAUAAUGAAGGUUAGAAAUACUCUGUGUAAUAGAAUUUUUGAAAUGCAUUUACAACACAGCCAUCUGCUAGAGACAUCUGCCUUAUGUUGCCCUUGUAAUCCUGUAGAAUAUUUACUUAAAAGACAGUGUUCACUACAUAUGAGGGAGAAAGGGGCCAAGGAGGUACAGUCAGUGUGGUUCUCAUGUUAACUCAGGAAUGCUAGAUUGUGACAAUUUUUCCCCUCUCAUUUAUGUUUUUGGUAUUUUCUAAGUUUUCUGCAAUGAGUUCAUGUUUAUUCUGAGAAACAUGAAUUAAUGCACACGCGUGCGCACGCACGCGCACACACACACACACACACACACACACACACACACUCUUUGAAGAGCUGCCGUGUCUCUUUGGUCUAUUUCAAUUUGAUGUAAUACAGAACUUUCUAAGAGUCAGGAGUGGCUUGCAGAAAAACAGAAUGGCUUCCUCUAGACAUCAGAUGCAUCAUCUUACAAAAAAAGCCUCCGUACGUUGGCUGACGUCAUAGAGUGGAUGGAACCUAAGUUUCUCCUUAUGAUUUUUUAUCCACUUACAACUGGUCUGCUUGUUGGGUGUGAAGAAUCACCUGCCUUUUUCAUUAAGUAGCAUGCUUUUGUAGUAGAAAAUGGAGUGUUCUUAGUAGUGUUUUUAAGCUCACUGGCUUAAAAAAAAUAUUUUUGAGCAAGCUCCAUAGGUAGAAGUAUAUUUCACAGCAUUGCAGCCCAGUAAACACAACCACAUAAAGGGAACAGCACCCUUCAUAAGGUGAUGCACUCGUAUUUUCUGUGGUGCUGCAUUGAAAUUUUCUGAAGGCAGGUUGUAGCCUACUAUUUCACAAUGUAGUUGGCACAGUUUGAAAAGCUGUGUACUGAGCCUUCUGGACCUCAACCUUGUCCUGUUCCCUAGGCCUGCUUGCCAGGUCUCCUACUUUCUCUGUCUGCCUUCAGAUUAGCUAGAUAGGCUAGCCUCAACUUACACUGAAUUCUCCUCUGAGGGCAGGAUCUGGCGUAUUGGCAGUUAAGUCCUUCGUUAUUUGUUUGGUCUCAACCUGAGACCAUAUACCAACAUACAUAGCUGUAAGCUCUUAUAUAAAGCUUGGAAACACUCUUGAUCGGCGUUGAUGCUACCACUAAGUAAUUAACCAAUUUCCUUAGCUCUAUGAGAAGCCUAUAAACAACACUUACAGUAAAGGAGCCUCCAAAUUCCACUUGAGGUCAUUGAGGUGUUGAUAUGGCAUCUAGCACAAAAUGGCCAUCAGUGAGUUUACAUGCAUGGCAGGAUUUGAAAGACUAACUCUGUAAUAACUUUUUGUGCUGACUAAGCAUCCAGCAAAGAGAGCAAAUGUCUGCCUCUCUUUCUGUGUGGUGAUGGUAUGCAGUGUUAGCACAGUAGACGUCUAACCUCAAAGCUGACUGUGGGAUGGCAGUCAUGAGCAGCAGAAGCUGAAGACCUGUUAAUGAUUGUAACCUUAGAAAGUCUCAAGUAUAAAUCUGCUGAAUGUCAAAAUAACCCCUGGAAACUUCAGGUACUCUACAGUCUAGCCAAGAGUAAAUGAGUGAGUGUACUGAAAAGCACCUAGAGCAGUGUCAGCUAUCUUCUCAGUACCAAGAUGACCACUUGUUAGCCCCAGCAUGUAAACAGGAUAGGACAGUGUGUUCUAUUUAAUCUAAUUGCAGGUGUUUGUUAACUGAAAUUGCCUCCUCUGAAAAUCACUUUAUGAUUUCAGCCUUGACCAAUUUAAGGAGAUUGAACAAUAUUAGAAAGAAAUGGUAGUUCAGCAUAAUAUUCCUAAAAUGGGGGCUUCUUCAGUAGGCAUUUGCAGGCAGCUGCCACCUGGAGAAGACAAGGAGGGGCAUCAAAUAUGAGCCAGUGGUGAAUUUCCUUGUAACACACACAUCAAAUGCAUAGGAUAACAGCUGGCACAUAGUACAUGCUCAAUAAAUGCUAGCUGUUCUUUUUAUUGUUAUCUCAUUAUUGAUUGAAAUCAAGUAUGUACUACUGUGUAGAGAGCAAAUGCUUUCUCAUUGCAUUAUGUGUCUGGGUAAUAAACGUUUUGUUUUCUCUUUGUUGUGGCUUUUGCUCCUGGAUCUGUCAACCCUCAGUUUUCAAGAACAGAACUAAGCAUCCAACUGGAGAAAGGCAUAAAAGCCUUUGCUGGGAAAAGCAAUCAAUGAAAUAGUGCCUAAGAGAAAGUUGCUCAAAAGGCUUAGUUUGGCCAGUGCAACAGAAUGAGCCUAGAUCCUAGCUACUCAAGAGGCCAAGGAAAGAGGCUGUCAAAUCAAGGAAGGUUAGCAAUAAGAGGCUCCGUUUCAGUGGUGGUGCAGUGCCUCAGAAAUAUUUGUUCAAACAAAUAUUGGUCAAAAAAGAAGGAAACUUUACGCUUGUGCUGAAGCUCCCUCUGGGUUUCUGUCCCUCUGGGUUUCCCUCCUGCCUGUCACUGCUGGUUCCCCUUGUCUCCAGUUUUCCCAUAAAAUGCAGAUCUUUAUAAACCAAGAUUCACACUUGAUAUUUGCUCUUCCCUCUCUAUAUUUUAUUUCAUUCAAAGUAUCGAUUAACAACUUUAUGACAAAGUUUCUCAUUUUGUAAAACGUUCUGGUAUUAUCAUAUGUUUUAACUGGAACAUUCUGGAUUUGGUGUCUGAAUGCUGGCUUGUUAGUUGAGGUCCACUGAAAGUACCAACUACAAAGUCUAGAAGAAAAAAGAGGUUUUAAACUUCAUUUUCUCUGUGUAUGAAUAUAUUUUCACAUGCAUUUUCCCCUUGGUGUGGAAUCUGUUUCUGUUUAAGUAGCUAGUUAUCCCUUUGAUUGGACACUGGAGAAUAGAGCAUCUCCCUGUUGGAACAGUUUAGCAAAUGUAUUCAUUUUGCCAUAGAAACAUGAACAUUAUUACUCUAUUUCCUUGGAUUUUUGAGAUAGCUUUCUACAUAGUAUCUUAUUUUGCAAUGGAAAAUUAUCAUGGGUAUUAUAUGAAAUGAUUUUCUGUUUGCUAUUAUUCUUUUCUUAGAACACAAACAGACAUGCUUUUGAGAUGCAAUUCUGUCUUGGAAAAAUAGCUUCUUUUGGUACCUUCAAUUUUGUGAAAAUACUCUCUAAUGAAGCCAUUGUUUUUCUUCAUUUUCAUCUACAAAUUAUAUAACUAUUCUAUUAGAAAUAAAUAUUUUAUAUUCUAUAGCACAUUAUUAUGUUUUAAUUUGUCUUAAGUCAUUUUCAUGGUUGUAUAUUUCAUGGUAUAUAUUUAUGCAUAUUUCUUGUAGGGGUUGUGAGAAUUUACAUAUGUAUAUAUAUUAAUAAUCAUGACAGGGAUAAAUUACUCUUACUUAAAAGAAAAUUGCAUGUUUUAGAGCUUUUUUGCAUAGAGAAAAAAAUGAAUACUGUUUUUCUGAAAACUGAAGCUUAUUUCAGAAGUCAUCCAUUUCCAGUGACUGUUUCUUUUAAAGAGAGAAAAACUAGUUGGAAUACAAUUCCUUUUCAGAUUUUUAUUUAAAUAGUUACAGGGUUUCCUAUUGAAAAAUGAUCAGCCUCGUGUAUAUGGAGAGUGCCCAUAUGAAUAUGCUACACAAGUAAUCUUACUACCAUAGAAACACUGCUUAUUAAAAUGUGGCUUUCACUUUUCGUAUUAUUCACAGCCUGGCCGCCACAUGGCAAUUUAAUUAGUACUUACUGACCUGGAUGUUUGCCUUUGCUACCAUGUCCUUAUUUUCUCCUUUCCUGUGUGUGAAGUAUCCUAUGUAUCCUGUAUGAUACAAUAUUAAACACAUACGUACAUAGUUUGCUCCUACGUUUUUUUUGUCUCUACCCUAUUUGCUGGUUAGAUUGCAUUCUGUGCAUAUUUCUUUAAAAUGCAUUGUCCAAAUAAUAUUUGAGUCAUUUGACUUCAAAGGAGUGCACCUAAAUACAAGGUAUAAGUCAUUUUAGAUAACUGCAUUCUAUUUGUUCCAUAUUUUUCUGCAUUCUCUUGCUUCUGGUAAUGAUACUAUCCAUAAAGCAACUUGAAAAUCCUCCAUGCUUCAUUAAACUCAUUUACGCUUCACUGUAGGCAUUUAAAUAAAUUUAAUUGGCCUAUAUAAUGAAGAGCGUGUGUCUUCCAUGGACUGUAAAGUAGUUUACAUGCUUUUUAAGCUUCUCCUGAAGGCAAAUUCAGAUACUUGGACUUAAGAUGGCAUUCAGGAAGUUUGAGGCAGUGCGCUGUGGCAUGGUUUUUACCUGAGGAGGAAGAUAUUUUUUCUUCUGAUGUAUUAAGACAUUAGAAAAAUAUUUUUUAAAUGAUAUGAAACUCUUUAUUACAGGAAUUCAAGCCACUAAAGUGGUGUCAUUCUAAUGUAAUUUAGGUAAUAUAAACGCAUUAUCUGUGUCUCAAAUAUUCUAUUGCUAGCUAGUAAGACAUUAAACUGUUGGAAUUAAGCUCCACUGCACUGUCAGAUUGAGCAUGGCUGUGUUAUACCAUAGUACAGAGAGCUUAUGUCUUAGAAAGCUAGAAAAAGCCCAUAUGAAAACUGUAUUUUGAAUUAGCUUAUAUAAUGUUUCUAUAAAAAUGAUCCAGUAGGUAGGAACAUACAUGAAUGCACACAUGUGGUAAACAAUCUUCUGUAUGGCAGCUAUUUCAAUGUCUGUGGUCUCCAGUUUUUGUCUUUUAAAAAUAUUUUAUUAAUUAUUUGAAAAAUCUUACAUUGUACUUUGCUCAUACUAGCUUCCUUUCUCUAACGCUUCCUAAUCCACGCUCUCUUCCGUACCCAGCCAACUCUUCUGUGCCUGUUAGUGUUUAAACACACAGACUGCUGUUUGUGCUGCCUGUAUAUUUUUGGGCAUGUGGCCAUCUGCUCGUCAACCAACUAGGGGCCACAUCAUAAAAACAAACAAACUUUCCCACUCCUAUCAUCUACCCAUUGCAAUAGAUCCUCAGCUUGGGAGUGAGACUUCAUGACCAUAUCCACUUCCUUCCUGGGUUUCUUGAGCCAUGCACUCUGUCCCAGAUGCUGGGAGUUCCUGUAUGCAUCUGCCCUCUUGUGCCUGGAGAACACUGCUUUUUGUUCCAGUCACCCACUGCUCCUGGCUCUUAAAAUCUUUUCACUUUCCUUUUCAACAAUGAUCCCUGAGCCUUGGGGAGAGUGAGUGUGAUAUAGGAGUCCCAUUUAGGACUAAGGAUUCCUUCGUCUGUUAUUCUCUGCAUCUUGACUGGUUAUGGGUUUCUAUAUUAAUCACCAGCAACUGCAAAAAGAAGCUUCUCUGCUGAGGUUUUAGGGGUAUACUAAUCUAUAAUAACAGAUCACCUGGAUUCCGCUUAUUAUUUUGUCUACUUAGUAAAGUAGUAGGUUCUGCCUUAACUUGUGAUCUGUCUAGCCCACAGAUCCUGAUAACAGUGACGAGUAUGGGCUCCAUCUUAAGAAGCAGGGCUUAACUCCAACCAGAAAAUGGUUGGUUAUUCCCAUGACGUUUGUCCACUAUUGCAUCAGUGGGCAUUUCUUGCCAGGCCAUUCAUUAUUGUAGCUCUCAGGAUUCACAGCUGGAUAAGAUUGGUGAUUGUUUUUCUCCUUUGGUACUACCUAUAAAAUGAGCCAGUAGCCAUGAAGGAUCUAGGUCAGUAACAGCACAAUUUCUCCACACCCUAAGACUUAAGUUUGGAGGUCGUCAGGGCCUUACUGCUAAGUUCUAGAGGGUAACCAAGAGCAAGAGCAAGAGCCUGUAAGGUUUGGAGGUCUAUGGGACCCCACUGGUAGCAGCUCCAGAAGAGGUAACUCAUUCCCAGCACAGAUAUUUUAUUAGUCAGUGGAUGAAAAGGUAAUGAAAAUAUGGAGCAUUUAUACAAUUUUUUUUUGCAUUUAUACAAUUUUAAAAAUUUUUAUUCAAUUUGUUUAGCGUCAUCUGCUCUUUUCCACACUAUUCAAUCAACAGGACAAGUAUUUUGUGAAAUUAAACAAAACAAACAAACAAACAAAAAAACAACGAAGCAUAGCUGUGUUUCCUCCAUUAUCCAUCUGCUUUAGCCACAAUGAAUUUUGGAAGGAGGGUACUGCUAGAGAGAGAGAGAAUGGGAGAACAGGCCUGAGUGAAAUUUGUGUACAGAGGCCAAAGUUGACUGGUGAGCAGCAAGCCCCAGGCAUCCUCCUGCCUAUGUAGCCCCACACCCAGCAUGGGGUUACAGACACGCACUGCAACACCAGAGUUUUAUAUAGGCACAAAGGAACCAAACUCAGGUUUUCAUGCAUCUGUAGCAGAUACUGACUGAGACAUUUCUCCAGCACUAGCAGUGAAUUCUGUUUUUUUUUUAAUUGAAAAAUUUAUUUUUUUCAUAAAUCUUAUUACUGUUGCCUCUCCCAGAUCCUCCUGACCUCACCAUCCAUCCAAAUCUGCACCCUCCCUUUCUUUCUCUCAUUAGAAAGCAAAUGGGCAUCUAGAAGAACAAUAGUAUAAAAUAAAAACAAACAAAUUGGAAUAAGACAAAACAAACAAGCAGAAAAAACGAGCCAAAGAGAAAACACAAGAAACACAAACAGCUGCAGGGACUCACACAUUUCCAUACACCGAAAUCCUGCAAAAACACAAAAUUGGAAACUGUAUAAUAUAUAACACAAUGUAUAAGCAAAAGACCUGUAAGGUCAAACAAAACAAAACAAGCCACUGGAUUUAUUUGUGUGGCCUUUGCUGCUGGGCAUGGGGCAGGACGGCUGGGAGAAAACCAACUUUCCUUUGUGAAUAGUUAUCAAGCGAAGACAGCUUCUUAGGGGUGGGUGCUGGUGUCUGCUCUCCCUGUCAGCACUGGGACUGCAUCAGGCCCCCGCCCUGUGCACGCUGCCACCAUCUCUCUGUGUUCAUACGUGUUGGCCCUCUUCUGUCUAGGCCUUGUUUUCUUCUUUUCUCCAUGCCAUCUGUCUUACAAUCUUUUCACUCCCUCUUCCUCAGAUUUCCCUGAACCCUGAGGGAAGGACUUGAUGGAACCCCAUUUAGAACUGAGGGUUCCAAGUUCUCUUGCUCUCUGCACACUGUCCACUUGUGGGUCUUUCUUUAUAUAGUUCCCGUCUACCCAAGCAGUGGAUUUUUAAUUAAUGCUAAUAAUAUUCAGGUUAGCCAUGCUUCUGGUUCCUUCUAAAGAACUGAUUUCCCUGCCUCCUAUUGUUCAUCAUCCAUUCUUCAAGGUGUUUGAACAUUUUCUUUCUUCAUGUCUUUUCUGACCAUCUCUCCAUGUUACAGAGAAUUUCCUUUUUACCCUACCCACCUCAGAGGACUUCUUUUGGCCACCAUGUCAUCUCUUUCUGUCCCGUUACCUGACAACAUUGGAUGUAUUACCUAACAGUUUUGUUGUGAUAAGCAUGGUUAUUUUAAUGUUCCUCUUGAGAUUCCUCCUUCCCUAGAGCUCCUGGGAUAUGGCCCUGACCAUCUGCUGCACCAGCCAAUCAGUCGCGCUCUGCUCUCAGGACAGGCGCUGCAAUGUGGAGUUCUAGAGCCCCCUGCUGGGUCGACAGUGCAACAGCUUACACUUUCUUUAUUGUUUUAGGAUUGUCAGAGUUGGUUCAAGUUCGUGUUCAGUCCCAGCACACAGCAUGGAAGGAGAGAGCUCACUCUUAUCCUGUCCUUCUCCCACCCGCUUCUCCUCUAGAGUCUUUUUUUUUUUUUUUUUGAGACAUCAUCUCACAUAGCCCAGCCUAGCCUCAAUUCUCUUUAGCUGAGGAUGACCAUGAACUUUUGACCUUCCUAUCUCUACCUCCCAAGUGCUGGGAUUACAAGUAGAUGCCACCAUGCCCAGCUAGUGAGAACUGGGGAUUAUACCCAAGGCUUUGUGCAUGCUAAGUCAUCUCUCUAAAAACAAGCCCCAAGGUCUCAUGUUUUUACAGGUGUUUUUAUCCUCAGGCCAGCAAUGAGGCUUUAUGUGAAAAGUUCUAUCUGUGGGCUGAAUUCCAGAUUCUUCUUUACUUCAACUCACCAUAUCAGAGAGCCCAGGCCUUGUCUUCCAAGCACAGAGACCUUGCCUUCCAUCUUAGGUGAGGGAUGUGAGCUUUAGCCCCAGUACCUUUAACUUCUUGGCAUCUAUUCCCACUUCUUAGUCUUCACCUUCACCUAGAGGUUUUUAUUUCCUGAUUUUAUUUUAUAUGUAUUAAAAACAAAACAUACUUCUGUUGUACCUUAAUGUUUUCUUUUGCCUUUGGAUGAAGGGUAGUUUCUCACACUUCCUCAAUCAAGCAUAUUAACUAAAGAUAGGUGAGAGUUAUUUACUUUAGCAUUUUAUGAGCAAUAUUCCUGAAAUGCCUGAUUACCUGUAAACUCAGGACCUAUCUGCAUGAGCAAGAAAAUAUAUAUUCUAUAUCUCUGGAUUUUCUAAUGUUUUAAAGGAAAGGCUCAACAUUAAUUAUGAAGAAUUCCUGUUCCAAUGAACUCUAAAGCUUCUUAGAAUUUCAUGUUUUAAUUUUUUCUAGGCUUGUGGAAGACUUUUAUCAAAUGGAAUGUUAUUAUAAGGGUAACUUUAAAUGUUAUAAGCUAUUGUGUUGGUUUUGUUUUUUUUUUUUACAUGUUUUACAUUAAUGCUCAUACCAAACCUGUGCUGACUGGGUACUGAUUACACCUUCCAAGGGAUUGUACCUCCUAGGUGCAUUAAUUUUAUCAUUGUGUUAAUCUUAUAUGUAUUAAUUUUAUCAUUACUGUACAGUGCAUCUUAUUUAUUUUCAAGUUGAAAUGCACAAACUUUAAGUAUACAGUUUCUUGUGUUUGGACAAAUGAAAUAUAAAACAUUGCUGUCAUAUCAAGAAGCUUACUCUGUUGUAUGUUUCAUUUACAAAUUUA